AUCAAAAUGGAAACAGUUGUACUAAAGUAGCUUCAGAUAUCGCAUUAACUUUCCUAUGUUUACGGAAUAUUACACAUUAACAUCUUUUUUUAAGUUAACUGUAGUAGCGGACAGCUACUUUAAAGGCUGAUGUUGUCGAAGAAGUUCGCAUUUUGGGGAGAAUUGUGAACUCAAGUGAGAAAAACAAGGAAUAUCAUCGCAGCUAACGUUAGCUUAGUCCCAACCUAAGCUAGCUGUGGACUUAAAAUAGUUUUACCCGACAUAUUUGUUUCUGCGGUAGACACACUCGUUGCUCGGAUUCUUCAUUUAAAGUUUGGAGCCACAUCAGCAGGAUGCAUCGGAGAGGAGUUGGUGCGGGAGCUAUCGCUAAGAAGAAGCUCGCAGAGGCCAAAUAUAAGGAGAGAGGAACUGUUCUCGCAGAAGACCAGAUUGUACAAAUGUCGAAGCAGCUGGAAACCUUCAAGUCCAACCUGGAGGAGUUUGCCAGCAAGCAUAAACAAGAAAUCAGGAAGAACUCACAGUUCAGGGUUCAGUUUCAGGAGAUGUGUGCCACCAUUGGAGUUGACCCACUUGCCUCUGGUAAAGGUUUCUGGUCUGAGAUGCUCGGCGUAGGUGACUUCUACUAUGAGCUCGGCGUACAGAUUAUUGAAGUGUGUCUGGCCCUGAAACACAGAAAUGGAGGGCUCAUUACUUUGGAUGAACUCCAUCAGAGAGUACUGAAGGGAAGAGGUAAAUACGCACAGGAUGUGAGCCAAGAUGACUUGAUGAGAGCGAUAAAGAAACUGAAGGUGAUGGGGAACGGCUUUGGGAUGAUUCCUGUUGGUGGUUCUUACUUGGUGCAGUCGGUCCCAGCAGAGCUCAACAUGGACCACACUGUAGUUCUGCAGCUGGCCGAGAAAAAGGGGUUCGUCACAGUGAGUGAGAUCAAGUACAGUCUGAAAUGGGAGAAGGAACGGGCUUGUCACGUCCUGGAUCACCUGCUGAAAGAAGGCUUGGCCUGGUUGGACUCUCAGGCAGCCGGAGAAGCUCAGUACUGGCUGCCCGCUCUCUUCUCUGAGCUCACCUCCCGUGAUGUCACACCAGAGGAGGCCAAUCAGAUGACGCCUUAGGACCACCAGCUGGCAACAGCAUUAGAGACAUGUUGGUAAACAAAAUGUGCCAAAAGGUGGGGAGGCUCAUGUGACGGAGUUGGCAGGGGUGAACUUGCUCUGAGAUCACUUUCUGGACACGUGGAGGGGAAAACUUUCCUCAGCUACUUUCAUGCAACGACUGCACACACACUAUGAGACACUACGCUGUGUAUGAACCUGAGUGUGGCGUUGCUGGUGUCACGGUUUAUGGGCGGUUUAUGGUUAAAUGUACAGAAGAACUGUUAAAAUUUUGAUGCAUAAAGAAUAACUUUUAAAGACA